AACGCCCGGCAUAGAGAGCCGGAUUUACAGCAAAGCUUGGUUGUAUUGGUUGCAUGUUCUCAAAGUUCUCGUCAAAAUGAACGCCGUUAAUGGAUUUAACUUCGCGUAUUACCCAAAAGAAACCGAGGUUAAGGAAGCGUUAGAUACAUUAAGACCUGUGGGACUUCUAUCGAAGGCGUACGACCAGUUUCAACUGAAGAGAUACAAGAGAGAGGAGAAAAUCCGAAACACCCAUCUCGUGACCAAGGGAGAUGAGGGCAUGUCAAGCUCCUGGAAAAUAGAGAGACCGGAGCCCUUAGACUUGAACCAGAGCACAAGCUACUUCAAGGCGAAAACAGAGCAUGACCGCGUCUCGACUUACGAUCGAAUCAACACCGUCGCCCUCGGCUACAACCAGAAACUACAUCGAGAUGACCGCGAACACGCCAAGUCUCGUGGUCUAAGAGUAAAUGACGAGGAGACCGCCGUGCGAGUCCCAGUCCUCUCCUCGUCCGUGUAUGGCCACCCGGCCAGACGCCCCUUAGAGUUCCAAGACCGCACCCAUGUCAGGGUCGAGCUGUGCAAAAAGGACUUUUUACGCUUAGGAGGUACUGAUAUAGGGAACAACCCCAACCUGCAUUGACAACCGGGAACCGGAAGUAGCAACUGAAGUACUCAAGAUCCGGAACCGGAAGUGAUCACUGGAGUAGACUCGGAUCCGAAAGUACGAGUUGAGCUGUACAAACGAGAACCUGAUACUAGCAGUACAGCCAUUCUGAAAUUUCAUUUCAAAAUCCUUGAAGCAUAUCGAACAGGAAAACACUUCCACUAACAUUACACACCCACUUUUGAUGUUUUUGUUUUGGCCACGGAGGAUUAGUGCUCCUAUUAAUAAUCCAGAAUGGCAAAAGAAAAUGUUUCCUUCAAAAUACAUGGAUUUCGAAGAUCAGAAUACAGUUUAUAUUUUUUAAAGAGUGAAAUGAGUUAUGUUGCUGGAGGUUCGCCGGGUAUAGAUUGACUGAACUUCAGCCAGAACCCUUUUUAGCAAGAAUCGAGCCCGCAGAUGCUCGGUACCUUUAUGGAGUAACAAUAUACACCUUUCAAAUAGGGUUGGCAGCAUCGGCAUAGACAGGAUUUUUAACAGGAGGGGACCCAAGAGGCCCUUGCAAGAAAUUUUGUCAAAUGGCAGUUCUUCUAUCAAAAUAUAGCAUGGAACUCGUCAAAUGUCUACUAAAUGUACAGGAAAAUGUGGAUAAUUUCUGCUAUUAUAUUACUUACAAGAGACCAUGAUGUAUCAUGGUCUCUUGAUUACUUAUCAUCUUUAUUCUCCCAAAUAAUGAUACCGAUAAGCAGUGAAUGGUCUUAGAACUGCCAUUUUCCAUUCGCCGUUUGCACUGACAAGGUUUAUCGAAAUAGGUAUACACUCAGGUGGAACCGUUAUGACGGACCCCCGUUUAACGGACAAACUAAUAUAUCAUUUGUAUAAAUAGGUUGCGCAAACAAUAAAGUAAAGUGAGUUCUAUAUAAAGGGCGCUUUCCAAA